CUGAGCUUCAGACAUAUUCUGUAGCUGUUCCCCUGCUGCAGUCCUUCUGCUGAACGAAGCUCCCACUUUCACCUCCGUGAUGUUGAAGACCUGAGAGUCAUAUCGAUCUUUUCACUCAACUCUUGGCAAGAAAGCGAUUAAGACUCAUCCUGAUGGCGUUCCCAUAGUUCAUGAUUGUUAUUCUCUCGACUCUUCAGGCUCUCUAAAGGACCGAGCAUGCUUUCACUCUCUGGAAUGUGAUAUUGAGGAUCUGUGAGGAGAACACUGAAGAACCACACUCCGCCUUGCACCAAGAUUUUGGACGACAGCUGGCACCAGAGCAGCAGGACUUGUGGUCUUGUGGGAAGAGUGACGCAGUGGAGGGAGUCGUGCCAUAAAGGAAGCACCCGACUCGGGCAUUUGCCAGCAAAAGACUGAACUCAACUGGGACCUUCAGCAGCGGGCGGUAAGAGGAGGAGGCCAUGUGGACCGCACGCCUGCUAGUCCUCGCCAGCCUCUUCGCACCAGCCGCUCUGGCCUUCAGUCGAGCACCCGUCCCCAUGGCGGUGGUGAGGAGGGAGCUGUCGUGCGAGAGCUAUCCCAUCGAGCUGCGCUGCCCGGGCACGGACGUCAUCAUGAUCGAGAGCGCCAACUACGGGCGCACCGAUGACAAGAUCUGUGACGCAGACCCGGCGCAGAUGGAGAACACGCGGUGUUACCUGCCAGAUGCAUACAAGAUCAUGUCCCAAAGAUGUAAUAACCGGACCCAGUGUGCUGUUGUGGCCGGACCAGAUGUGUUUCCGGACCCUUGCCCGGGAACCUACAAAUAUCUGGAAGUCCAAUAUGAAUGUGUGCCCUACAAAGUGGAACAAAAAGUAUUCCUGUGCCCAGGGCUUCUGCGCAGGGUGUACCAGAGCGAGCACCUCUUUGAGUCGGACCACCAGUCAGGAGCCUGGUGCAAAGACCCGCUGCAGGCCUCCGAUAAGAUUUAUUACAUGCCCUGGACACCGUACCGCACUGACACGUUGACCGAAUAUUCCUCCAAAGAAGACUUUGUUGCCGGAAGGCCGACAACGACCUACAAACUCCCACAUCGUGUCGACGGAACAGGCUUCGUGGUGUACGACGGGGCGCUCUUCUUCAACAAGGAGCGCACUCGCAACAUUGUCAAGUUUGACCUGCGGACUCGCAUCAAGAGCGGCGAGGCCAUCAUUGCCAACGCCAACUACCAUGACACAUCUCCGUACCGCUGGGGAGGGAAAUCAGACAUUGACUUGGCUGUUGAUGAAAAUGGCCUCUGGGUGAUUUAUGCUACGGAGCAGAACAACGGGCGCAUUGUCAUCAGCCAGCUCAACCCCUACACGCUACGUGUUGAGGGGACCUGGGACACGGCGUACGACAAGCGCUCGGCGUCCAAUGCCUUCAUGAUCUGUGGAAUCCUCUACGUAGUGAAGUCCGUGUACGAGGAUGACGACAACGAGGCAACAGGAAACAAGAUCGACUACAUCUACAACACAGAGCUAAGUAAAGAUGGCUUCCUGGACAUCCCCUUCCCCAACUCCUAUCAGUACAUCGCUGCAGUGGAUUACAAUCCCAGAGACAACCUGCUGUACGUCUGGAACAAUUACCACGUGGUGAAGUACUCUCUGGACUUUGGAGCGCUGGACAACAGGCUCGAAACGUCCUCCUCCGUCAUCGUGUACAUGGACACGACCACCAUGAUGACGAGGACCACCGUUCGACCCGCCACUGUUACCUUGACAACCAGGACCACCACCACCACCAAGAUGCCCGCCACCACAGCUGCGAUGGCCCAGUGGCCGAGGACCACCUCCACAGUGGCGUCCCCCGUGCAGACGCCGGUGGAGGGUUUGCUCCCAGAAGACGACGACAGCAGGGCGCCGCCUUCCUCCAAGCUUCCCAACAUCAGGGUGGAGUACUGCAACCCCCUGGUGAUGAUGGACAUCUCCUGGCCCAAGACCAAGCAGGGUGUGGUGGUCAAGAUGCCCUGUCCACCUGGGACCAUAGGUGUCGCCUCUUACAUGUGCGUGGGUCCGGAGGGAUACUGGGAUCCCCAGGGACCUGAUUUUAGCAACUGUACCUCCCCCUGGGUCAACCUCAUCAGCCAAAAGCUCAAAGCUGGAGAGACGGCUGCAGUCAUUGCCAGGGAGUUGGCAGAACAAACCAAGCGUAAUCUCCAGCCGGGAGACAUCACCUUCACAGUGAAGGCCAUGGUUCAGCUGGUGGAUCUCCUCGACGUGCAGCUCAGGAACCUCACGCCAGGCGGCAAAGAUAGUGCAGCACGGAGCCUCAACAAGCUGCAGAAAAGAGAGCGCUCUUGCCGGUUUUAUGUUCAGGCCAUGGUGGAGACGGUCAACAAUCUGCUGCAGCCACAUGCCCAGGCAGCGUGGCGGGAGCUGAGCACCGGCGAACAGCUGAGGGCCGCCACCAUGCUGCUGGACACGGUGGAGCAGGGGGCCUUCGUCCUGGCUGAUAACCUGCUGAAGACGGACAUCGUGCAGGAGAACACAGACAACAUCCAGCUGGAGGUGGCGAGGAUGAGCACAGAUGGGAAUUUGCCUGAUCUGAAGUUCCCACAAACCGGAGGACAGGGCAGCUCCAUCCACCUGUCGGCGAACACGCUGAAGCAGCACGGGAGGAACGGGGAGAUCCGGAUAGCGUUCGUGCUGUACAAACACAUCGGGGUCUACCUUUCUACGGAGAACGCCAGCAUGAAGCUGGGCAGCGAAGCCAUGGCGACCAAUUACUCCGUCAUCGUCAACUCGCCGGUCAUCACGGCGGCCAUCAACAAGGACUCGAACAAAGUGUACCUCUCUGACCCCGUCAUCUUCACCAUCAGACACCUGCAGCAGUCUGAGGAGAACUUCAACCCCAACUGUUCGUUCUGGAGUUACUCCAAGAGAACCAUGACGGGCUUCUGGUCGACGCAGGACUGCCGCCUGCUCGGCACCAACAGGACACACACCACAUGCUCCUGCACCCACCUCACCAACUUUGCUGUCCUCAUGGCUCAUGUGGAUGUGAAGAACACAGACCCUGUUCACGACAUGCUUCUGGAUGUCAUCACCUGGGUUGGCAUCCUCCUGUCGCUGGUCUGCCUGCUCAUCAGCCUCUUCACCUUCUGCUUCUUCCGCGGCCUGCAGAGUGAUCGGAACACCAUCCACAAGAACCUCUGCAUCAGCCUGUUCAUCGCAGAGUCUCUGUUCCUGGUGGGGAUCAAUCGGGGUGACCAGCCGAUCGCUUGUGCCGUCUUCGCUGCCCUGCUCCACUUCUUCUUCCUGGCAGCGUUCACGUGGAUGUUCCUUGAGGGCGUGCAGCUCUACAUCAUGCUGGUGGAGGUUUUUGAGAGCGAGCACUCACGCAGACGCUACUUCUACCUGGUGGGCUACGGGGUCCCAGCGCUAAUUGUGGCUGUUUCUGCCGCAGUGGACUACCGCAGUUACGGCACCGACAGAGUUUGCUGGCUUCGUCUGGACACCUACUUCAUUUGGAGUUUCAUAGGACCAGCAACCUUGAUAAUUAUGCUCAAUGUGAUCUUCCUGGGCAUAGCUCUCUACAAGAUGUUCCAUCACACGGCCAUCUUGAAACCAGACUCCGGUUGCCUGGACAACAUCAAAUCCUGGGUGAUUGGAGCCAUCGCCCUGCUCUGUCUGCUCGGCCUCACCUGGGCCUUCGGCCUCAUGUAUGUGAACGAGAGCACGGUGGUCAUGGCGUACCUGUUCACCAUCUUCAACUCCCUGCAGGGGAUGUUCAUAUUCAUCUUCCACUGUGUGCUGCAGAAGAAGGUGCGUAAGGAAUAUGGGAAAUGCCUGCGCACUCACUGCUGCAGCGGCAAAAGUGUGGACAGCUCCGUCGGCUCUGGAAAAGGCACGGCCUCUCGUGUUCCAGGACGCUACUCUACAGGGUCACAGAGCCGCAUCCGUCGAAUGUGGAACGACACAGUCAGAAAACAGUCCGAGUCCUCCUUCAUGACCGGAGACAUCAACAGCUCUGCAUCGCUCAACAGAGGGGCUAUGGCUAACCAUCUUAUUCCUAAUGCACUCCUACGUCCUCAUGGCACUAACAAUCCCUAUAAUACAUUGCUUGGGGAAUCGGCAGUCUAUAACAACCCUCUGGGCAUGUACAACACACAAGAGCCCUACAGAGAGACAAAGGGAAUCCUGAACAAUGCCCGGGAUACAAGUGUCAUGGAUACUCUACCACUGAAUGGUAACCAUGGCAACAGCUACAGCAUCGCCAGCGCUGAGUACAUGAGUGACUGCGUCCAGAUCAUUGAGCGGGGUUAUAACCACAAAGAGACCACCCUGGAGAAGAAGAUCCUGAAAGAGCUCACCUCCAACUACAUCCCCUCCUACCUCAACAACUCCCACGAGCGCUCGGCCGAGCACAACCGGAACCUCAUGAACAAACUGGUGAACAACGUCAGCAACGGUGGUAAGGACAGCGGCUACGGGAUGGGCUUGGGAGUGGGGAUGGGCAUGAACGUGGCGCUGGGCCUGGACGACCACUCCACCUUCGGUCCGCACCACGACGAGGGCCUGGGCCUGGAGUUAAUCCGCGAGGAGUCCAAUGCCCCGCUGCUGCCUCAAAGACCGCCCCCGUCCCUGCAGGUGGUGGACCACCUUAACAAUCACCUCCUCCAGUCAGCGCCACCGCCCCUCCCACUGCCCCACCACCCCUUCUCGUCCGCCAACACCACCUCCUCGUCUCGGAGGAGGAUCCCCCAGGAGAACAGCGAAAGCUUCUUCCCCUUACUCACGAACGAGCACACGGAGGACGAGGGCUCGUCACCCAGCCACAACCACCAGAGAGACUCCCUCUACACCAGCAUGCCCAUGCUGCCCGGCCUGCCCGACGUGUCCGCAGAAUCUGCAGACGGCGGGGACGCCAAGAGCCCCGAGGCCAGCUCGGACGACGUUUACUACAAGAGCAUGCCCAACUUGGGCUCACGUAACCACCUCCAUCAGCUGCACUCCUACUACCAGCUGGGGCGGGGCAGCAGCGACGGCUUCAUCGUGCCCCCAAACAAAGAGGAUCUAUCUCCAGAGGAGGCCCAGCCGGAGCCCUCGCACCUCGUCACCAGCCUAUAGGCCCGACACCCCCCCGCUCCUCCAGCGCUCCUCCUAUUACCGUAGUCCUCCUCCCCGCGUCCCCUCGUUCCAUCAGUCGUUGGCAGUGGUAGCCUUUCUUUUUAUUCUGUGCCCCGAAGACUGAGGCAGCGCAAACGACUGCAGACAGGACAGUAUGUGCUCGGUAUGGGGGCUCAUAUGUGACUAUAUUUGGUUAAACAUUGCGGGAAUCUGUUGAUGUUGUGUCCCUCCCCCCUCCAACUCUGUAAGGUUUGGCGUGUUUUGUCUCAGUGUGAAAAGAGACAAUUACUCACACGGGAUGUUUAGGUCUCAGAGAUAUAGUGUGACAGUCGAAGCGAACUGCAAAGCCCCAAAUAUACAAGUCUCCACCGCAGACUUCACCUGAAUACACGGGGGAUUUAAAAAAAAGGACUAUUUUAUUAUACUUCUGUAUCUAUAUUGACUUUUUGAAAGAUUUUCUUCCUCUUUGGUGAGUCGCAGCACAUUUUGUUUGCUGAAGUUUCCCUUCAAUGAAAAAAAAGACAAAAAAAAAACACAAACACACGUUUUGAACAAUUACCAUGAAGGAAUUAUUGAUCGUAUGCUUUCAAGCAUAGCUGUUCUUCUUUUCUUUCAUUUACUGUGAUAACAGUUGUUAAAGGAGGGAGAAAAAACUAACAAGAGAAUUAUGAGAUAUUUCUAUGUAAUUGUACAGAUAACUAGCAUUGCACACAAUAGUAUGCUUUCUUUGUUCCGAGCGAACCCUUUGUCUCUGUAAAUGUAGUGAUUAGGAGCAAUUUUGUUCUGUUGUGCUGGCCUCUCUGGGUUUCUGGUACCAGUCUGUUUUUUUUGCUUUCCUCUUUUAUCACUUUCAAAGAAAUGACCGUCUAAAUAGAAGCAAAAUAACACACAAAACAUCACAACAGAACACUUACCGUGCAGGCGUUUUUUUGUGCUACAUAUUCAUCUUUGUUUUCAGGUCUGUUUUCUGUUUCCGUCGGAUUUCUUUUCCCUGUUUUUUUUUUUUUUACUGUGUAGAUAGCAGAUCGUUGGGAAUAAGUUAAUGACGAGGCGUCCCUCAGAAAGGUUCACGGUGCAUCUCUAAAACGCUUGUGCUUCUCAGAAACAACUAAUUGAACAUUGAUGAGCACCCGGCACUUGUACAAAAAAAAGAACGAUGGCUGUUUUACUUAUUAAAGAAAGAGCUUUUGGAGUGAGACAAACUGGAAGUGUUUUUGUUUUUCUUCCUCGUGGAGAAAAUAUAUUUAUUUAUUUGUUUAAAUGAACGGUAAUAAAAGGAGGAUGGAAGUUUAGUGGCACAGAUAGGUUUUAUUAUUGGCUAUGACUAUGGCUUCUUAUUUAUUCCUUUUUGUAAUGGUUUCCAAGUUGAAUGACCUCAUAACUAAUAUUUGUUGUAACAGUGAAACUUGUUUGCCAACAAAUAAAUGACUGACUGAGAUUUAUCACUUAGCUACGACAGAAGUUCUGGUGUUGUGUCUGGGUCUCGGAGCUUUUAUAACAGCGAAGGAUCCAAACGAUGGAGCGAUCGAUUCAUUCUUUUAAUCAUCCGUUAAUAUCCCUCAUCAGCCCUCUGUCCGUUUUAGUGCCAAAUAACUUUUGGCCCAGCAACAGUGGAUGUGCUCUGUAUGCUCUGGUCUGCUUUACAAUAGAAGCAGUGAUUUCAUAAGCUGUAAUAAAUAUUUCAAUAUCA